AUUCGGUACGCAGAAAGAUCUGCUCGAGGAGGAGGAGGGCUCAGCUCAGCAGAGGUGGAGACAGUGAGUCACGUACAGCGCAACAGACCCAAGCAAAACCUAUCUCAGGUGAGCCACCGCACCAGCUCGCUCCUGAAGUUCUGGGCACUCUUCCUUCUCCCUCAGAACUCCAUUUCCGUUUCUGGGUGUCGCUCAGAAUCUGAUCUUUCGCCUUCUGCCAACCGCGCUUUUGGCAGGGAAUAAGAUGGCAGCGACGUCAGCUGCAACCCUGUCUAUCGGGUCAACUGUCUCCUUCGGCCCAAAAGCUGCAGCCCUCCAACAACCAAAGUCCAUGGGUGUUAAGCUCACCAACCUGACCUCGUUCACGAGGUUCAGUGGCCUCAAAGCGGCGGGUUCUGUGAACUGUGAAGCGGAGUCGUCGUUCUUGGGAAAGGAGAGUAACUCUGCUCUUAGGAGCUCCUUUGCUCUAAGAGCCCAAAAGCAGCAAGGCCGGAGCUCUCACUAUCAUCUCCAGCCCCAAGCUUCCUUCAAAGUGGCUAUCCUCGGAGCUGCUGGAGGAAUAGGCCAGCCUCUUGCUCUCCUUAUCAAGAUGUCUCCGCUAGUCUCCACUCUUCACCUCUAUGAUAUUGCAAAUGUGAAGGGGGUUGCUGCUGAUCUCAGCCACUGCAACACUCCCUCUCAAGUAGUCGACUUCACUGGAACCUCCGAGCUAGCGAGCUCCCUGAAAGGAGUAGACGUAGUGGUCAUUCCUGCUGGAGUUCCAAGGAAGCCUGGGAUGACUCGUGAUGAUCUUUUCAAUAUCAAUGCUAAUAUCGUCAAGAGCUUGGUCGAGGCUGUCGCCGAUAACUGCCCAGAAGCCUUCAUCCACAUGAUCAGCAACCCUGUCAACUCCACAGUCCCAAUCGCUGCAGAGGUUCUGAAGCAGAAGGGUGUUUAUGACCCGAAGAAGCUCUUUGGGGUCACAACCCUUGAUGUUGUGAGAGCAAACACAUUCGUUGCCCAGAAGAAGAACUUGAAACUGAUCGACGUGGACGUGCCAGUGGUUGGUGGACAUGCUGGAAUUACUAUCCUGCCCCUACUGUCGAAGACAAGGCCCUCAGUGAGUUUCACUGAUGAAGAGAUUCAGGAGCUGACUGUGAGGAUCCAGAAUGCCGGUACUGAGGUUGUGGAGGCGAAGGCUGGCGCAGGUUCUGCCACGCUAUCCAUGGCGUACGCGGCGGCGCGAUUUGUGGAGUCUUCUUUGAGGGCUUUGGAUGGAGAUGGAGAUGUCUAUGAGUGCUCUUAUGUUCAGUCAGAUCUGACCGACCUCCCAUUCUUUGCAUCGCGGGUGAAGCUCAGUAACAAAGGGGUUGAAGCUCUCAUCUCAUCGGACCUCCAGGGCUUGACUGAGUAUGAGCAGAAAGCCCUCGAUGCGCUUAAACCCGAACUAAAGGCCAGCAUAGAGAAAGGUGUCACUUUUGUUCAGAAACAAGCUGUUGCUGCCUAAGAUCGAGUUCGUCAGGUAUACUGGAGGCUCCAAGUCAUAUGACAAUAAGUGCUUGGAAGAAAUCAUGCGAGUUGGCUGUUUUGAUGCGGACUAACCAUUGGAUCUGUGUUUCUUCCCCCCCCUUUUUGUAGAAGAGAGCUUUCAAUAUUUCUCCCUUUUGUUUGAACUUUUUGAGGCGCUUGGGAUUUUAAUCUAGAAUUUAUUAUGCCUGGUGUUUCAGUUUCACAUCGAUAAAAUUUUCUUCUCGUGUAUAUGCUCGGAGAUUUAUGAUGGCGAAGCAAAGAUCGAAGAUAGUAUUACUUCA